UUCUGAGUACAUAGCUUUGCUGUCAAGCCUCAGGAUGUGAGCUGAUUGCCUGCAAAGGGCAGGAAAAGAGUGUUUAAAGCAUUUUAAGCAGUGCUGGGUGGUGGUGAAUUAUCAGUUCUAGUUUCUUACCCUUUUGCUGAGGAAUCAGAUACCGAUCACAGCCAGAGAAAUGGUGGCACCGUGGGUGAAUAUUCUGACCUGGUACUGCAAAUCCCAUGCUACUUUUACAUGGUUGCCUUUACUUGGUAGAUACGUUAGCGGGAGAUCCAGAGGUUCUGCAAGUAGAUGCUGAAACGUACUAUGAAAAACUCUUGAAGAAAUCAUUGUCCAUUCAUGAUGUUUUUUUGAGCCCUGGAGGAGAAAAGGUUAAACUUGAAGAUUCCUGUGUGUGUUUUGUCCCCCUCUACCGAAAUAAUCCUACUCGCAAACUGUUGCUGUUAACUGAUCCAAAGGAUAAGAAGACAGUUUUGGCAGUUUAUUUGAACCAGUGUUGGUGGCCUGUUGAAGAAGUAGUCAAGACAGCUGAUCCUUCUAGAGAUGGGCUGAUUUUGGUCCAGACAUUUGGAGAAAGGAUUGUCCUCUUUGUUCUGAACUACAUUAUUUUUGGAAUGCUGGAAGGGAGUUCGGCUAAUGAUGCAUUCUUUCUACCUCACUCUGCCACUGAGUGUGCCAAGAUACUCUGGAGAAAUGGCGAGGCUGUUGCAUUUUACUCGGUCAAGAUGAAAGGGAGCCUAUGUCAUGGUACAACCCAUCAUUGUUACUUGCUGCCGGUUUUGGAUACUAUUUUUGUCCGGAGAAGGUACAGAAGAGGUGGCCUAGGGAUGAAAAUGCUGCAUGAUUUCUGUCAGUCUUUCGUGGCUGAGGAUGCCUUGGGGAUCAGCUGCCCUAUUUCUGCUGCCAUGUAUCAAGUUUGCCAGAAAUUCUUGCAGACUUAUCCUGAGGAGCAGAAGCGACUGUGGGAGGUGGAAGCACCAGGAGAUUGGAGCCAACGAGUGAAUAUCUGGUUAAAAAUUCAGAUGGAGUCAUCCCCUUCAGGAAGGUGUUGAAUACAUUCCUGGUGAUGCGCAAGUGGCAGGAGAUGCCACAGAAAAAUAAGAUGACACAGCAGCAGCAAGGACUCUAAACUCACAGGAUCCUGAACAAGAGGACUUGGAACAAGGUGCAGGCAAUACUUAGCAAUGCAAAGGAUUCAGAAAAUGAGCAGAGCAGACCCUGAGGGCUUAGCUGGAGACAAGGCCACCAAAUAAUUUAGAAUUAUGGCAUAAUUGCACUUUGAAAAAUGAGAAAAAUCUCAGUAUAGUCUUAAGAAUGUAAUUGGCUGUUCAUAAUUUGUAACAUUGGAGAGAUUUCUUCAGGUAAGAUACUUCUUUUUUUUUUGCAAGACACGUUCUCCAUCUUGUGUUUUGUUUUAAAUAAAGCUUUUCUUUGCUAA